AUGUCAUCAUCAGAAGUCCCCUGCCCCGCAUGUAAAUGGACCCCAGAUCAGCAAAGACGCUGUGCCUACGAGAGUAGCGUGCGCCUCUUCCAUGGAGCCAGUACUCGGGGCUACUGGUCCCUCGGCUCAAAGUUUCUUCUCAAAGAGCGCGAGAAAGAACCCCCGAGUUAUGAGGUCAUUAACACCCACUUCAUCAAAGAGAAUACCACCAUCCCCGUCCACACUACUAUACAGGAGUGGACCGAAGGCGAAAAGUAUUUCCAGAUCGUCGAGCGGGUGCCUGGGGUACCAUUAGAGGAGAUCUGGUCGACAAUCCCCCAACCCGACCGGGAGAAACUCGCUCGUCAGACUACGGAGUAUCUGGGGCAGCUCCGCUCGUUUCACUCCGCUAAGAUGCAAAGUGUCCACGGCCAACCUGUUUUUUGUGCUCAUCUCUUUACGGGUCAUGAUUAUGGAGUCAAACAUGGCCCACUGAGCACGGCUGACGAGCUGUGGGAUGUUUUGGCGAAAUCUCUGAGCGACAAAGUACCGGAAGUUGUUAGAUCGCGGCUCCGUGAUGGCAUGCCUUCUCCGCACCCGUGGACCUUUACCCACGGGGACUUGACUAGUUGCAACAUUAUCGUGGAUCCAACCAACUUUGAAUUGAGGGCUCUGAUUGACUGGGAGCGCUCGGGGUACUUUCCUGUGUGGUGGGAGUUUACGGGGGCGGGCUUCGGGUUCGGAGAGGAAGAUGCAGAGUGGAAGCGUCUUCUACUUGGAAACUUGGCCAAUCAUAAGGAGGCUCGCACGUGGUUUCUGGAAUUCAAGUCAUUUGACUCACGGUCGAGUGAUUCCGAGACGCGAUUGAAGGUGCUGAAGGAAUGUGGCAUUGAGGAAGACGUAGAGAUCUAG